AUGUCAAACAUCACAGAAAUAUUUCUCCAAAGCCUCCCCCUCCCAUAUCCCUCCUACCCGUUCGACGACAAGACCGUCAUCGUCACCGGCUCCAACACUGGCCUCGGCCGCGAAGCCGCCCGCCACUUUGUCCGCCUCGGCGCCGCCCGCGUCAUCCUCGCCGUGCGCAACCUCGAAAAAGGCGAAUCCGCCAAGUCCUUCAUCGUCUCCACCACCGACUGCAACCCCGCCGCCAUCGAGGUCUGGAAACUCGACAUGAGCUCCUUCGCGGGCACGAACGAGUUCAUCGAGCGGGCGCUAGCGCUCCCGAAACUAGACGUCGUGGUGCUGAAUGCGGCCAUCGCAACCAAUGGUUGGCGAGUGACGGAGGACGGGUGGGAGUCGACGCUGCAGGUGAAUGUGCUUUCGACGGCGCUGCUAGCGCUGCGACUAUUGCCGAAGAUGGUGCGGUCGGGGAGGGAGAACCCGGGGUGGAGGCCGCACCUGGUGAUUGUUGCGUCGGAGGUGCAUCGGUGGGGGUCUGUGGCGGCGCAGUAUAACACCUGGCCCACGCAGGCUGAGAAGGGCAUCUUGGCCCAUAUCAAUGAUAGAGCAAAGACGGAGAAAGAUAUGGGGGCGCGGUAUCCGCUGUCGAAGCUGCUGGAUGUUUAUCUAACGAGGGAGAUUGCGAAGAUCACGCCGGUGAAUGAGGGCGGGAAGCCGGCGGUAGUGGUGAAUACGUUGAAUCCGGGGUUUUGCUAUUCGGAGCUGGCGAGGGAGCUGGGGUUGGGAAUGAGGGUGUUGCAGAUGUUCUUUGCGAGGCCGACGGAGAAGGGGAGUAGGACGUUGGUGGAUGCAGCGUGUAAGGGGCCGAGGAGCCAUGGAGGCUACUUGAGUAACUGUGAGAUUGAGACGCCAGCGGAUUGGGUGACGAGUGAGAAUGGACAGGCGACGCAGAAGAGGUUCUGGAACGAGGUUCUGGAUGUCCUAGAGCCAGUGUCGCCGGGGUUGAAGAAUCUGGUAUAUCUGUUUCACUUUCUCGUGAUCUAUCCUUACACUUCAUUUACAAACAUGUACUCAAAAGUUCAGAUAACUCCAGCCCCGAACACCCCUCACAUACUUCCACGGCCGAGUGUCGCUCCAUCACCAAGCACUUGCCACCAUCGUCCCGCAAAGGAAACAAAAGGAUUCUUGAUACGGAUAAGGGCAGCGAUGUUGCAUUUAAAUUUUCCGGCCGUCAAACAUUGUUUCUUUUUCUCUCCAGUCGAGCGGGCCCCACCACUUGACAUGUCCCAGAUGCGUUUCUUUUUGUAUGCCGUUAAUCCGAAAAGACUCGCAACUAAGAGUCGAGUUCAAGGGUUGUCAAGGAUUCCCUCUACUCCUUCUCGCACCAUAGCUAUCCCACUUACGAGUAAUAAGGCUAGGUAUUGUUUAUGGAAUACCAUCAAGAAGAAAGAAGAAACUUGUGCCUACAGCAUUGGCGCCAGAGUUGGCGCCUGUGUUUCUCAAACCGAGAAAGACAGAACUCGAUCGAUACUUUACGAAGAUAAGCUUGACGUUGUCAGUCUCAGUCUUUCCUCGUCGGCAGUUCUACAGGAAGGCUCGAUCAAACCUCAGGAAGCGGCUCACAUAUAUCCAAGACAGCAACUACUCCACUCCCCCUCCAAUCCCAGGUACCCCAAGAUCACAAUCGCGACAUUCGCUUCCUCACGUUCAAUCACUCGCUUCCAACACGGCUCAUCCCGCAUGGUUUCCCACCGCUUUAGGAACACCAGUUUCCGAUCACUCCAUUGA